CGGCGGCGGCGCGGGGCAGCAUGAGGGAACCGCUCGGGCCGGCUGACUUAAGGAAUGCGGAGGUCCCAUCACUUGCUAAGGCCAGCAGCCCAGGGAACAGCACUGGGUCCUGCCACCACGAUGGUUCCAGCGGUUGAGCUCUGAUGAAGCUGUUGCACCAUGUACAGUGUAGAAGACCUGCUCAUCUCUCAUGGAUACAAACCGUCGAGAGAUCUCUCAGCACCGCGCGAGGAUGACCCUGAGGGACGCCAGGCAGCAAGGACAAGGGCGCGAGCUGGCCACGGCCUGGUGAACGGGCACGAGGAUGGUUCUGCAGCCUCCGCACAUCGUAAGACGCCUGCAGGGAGAGGACAUGUGAGUGACCCCGAAAGCCGCCGCCGCAGCACACCGAGGGGCCCCCGGGAGCCUCAGGGAGCGUCCGCUUCUAGAACCUCGGAGGCAGGGUUUUAUAAUCAGCCCACCUUAGUGUGGUACCCCCAGCCCCAGGCUGGUAGCGACCAGGCCCACAGGAAAAGAGGAGGACCGGAAGUCAGUAGGUCGCUGGGCCCAAGGGACCGAGAGGACCUGGAGGUCAGAGGAAUGGCCCAAGCCUACAGCCUGCCUGGCCACGUGAGGGAGGGUCCCUGGGAAGUCGGAAGAAGGACAGAGCAUGUGACGAAGAAGGCAGCUUGGGAAGAAGAGCUGAGAGCCUCAGGUCCUGCCAAGUGGCAGAACGUCAGCCUUGAAAGCUGGAACCAGCCGAGGAAAUUAGGGAGGCAGAUGUCGGAUGGCGCUGGGGAGAGAUUCUUUCAAGAUUUGUACCCAUUCAUUCAAGGAGGACACAUGUUGAAUUCUCAGAACAAAAGGAAAUCCCGGUCGUUGCCUAGAGUCCUUGGCCCCGAGAACCUGAGUUGCACAGAAAUCCCCAUUCCAUUAAGCGACGGAUAUUUACCUAAAAUGCCUCCGUAUCCUCCAACUUGUCCGCCUAAUCUGGAACCCACAAGGCACCCAGAGAAGGGUGGCUCCUCGGUGCCUUUACCCCGGCCCAAGUUUGGGAAACCCCUCAAGCCCCCUUCUCAUGGCUCGCACCAGCCUUCCAGGGGAGGAGUGGAGCUCAGCGACCGUCAGGACAGCCGGCAGGCGGACCUGCACGUCCCCAGGCACGAGCCCUGCGCCGUGGAGUCUGGCUUGGAGCCUCCAGUGUACGUGCCUCCGCCGUCAUACAGGUCACCCCCCGAGCACAUCCCAAACCCCUACUUGGAAGAAGACCCGGCUCCCAGACCUGUGUGCAGUGGCCACAGCCAACAGCUGCCUCUGACUGAGAAGGCCGGGGCCAGCGGGCAGCUUCCUCCUGGCCCCUUUGGCACUGGAAAUGAGUACGGUGCCAGCCCCCGCUGUCCUCGUGGGCCCUCUGCCACUGCCCACGACAGCUUUGUGCAGUACAUUCCCUUUGACGAUCCACGGAUACGACACAUUAAACUAGCUCAACCCCAGGGUUUCUGUGAAGAAUCAAAGCUUGAUGGUAAGUCCCGGAACUCCAGUCCUGUCACCCCCCAAGAGCCACCUCGUGGGAAAAUGCAGCCUGAUGGCGCUGUUUGGGAUCCACAGGGCCUGACGCCCCUGUCAGGGGAUGAGAGAGGCCUGGCCCUGGCUGGUGCGCAGCCGUGGUGGCUGUGGGGCCAGCUCUCCAGGGACGGAGAACCCAGUGGCUUUCCCGACCAAAGAGACCACUGCGUCACCAGAGGACAGCGGCCCGAGGUGGGAGGCAGCCAGCAGCGGCACGCAGAAGGCCAGGUUUCCUCCCCACACUUGCAGGGUGCGAGUACCUGCGAAACUCAAGCCAAGCUCAAAAAGUUUGAGGCUGGGAUCCAGACCAGGAAAAGUUCAAAGAAAAAAACAAACGAGACCAUAUUUUGUUUGGUUUCCAUCCCAGUGAAAUCAGAAUCACAUCUGCCAGAUAUAGAUACGAACAACAAUGACUUGAAACAGGGUGGCGAUAAAAAGAAUGGUUCUGAUAAGAGCGCGGCCCUGCAGGAACAGAGCCUGCUGAGCCUCUCGUCCACCGACCUGGAGCUGCAGGCUCUCACGGGAAGCAUGGGCGGGAGACCCGAGUUCCAAAAGCAAGAUCUGGGGGAACCAGAAGACGACAAACAAACAAAUGACCUCAGAUUCGUUCACUUCACCCAGCACAGAGAGCUCAAGUAUGCUGGCUCUUGGCCAGGGCACCAGUACCGAGAUCAGCAAACACAAACCAGCUUCCCUGAAGAAUCCCAGAGCGUGCAGCUGCUCCCUGGUGCACAGCCAGGGGGGCCAAGCGACACAGGGCCCGCUCCACAACAUCCAGACCCUGCAGCCUCCGAGGGUCAGAUGCACACGGCGUUGGCUUCUGGUGACCACAGACAGAGGCCAAGCGCUCAUCCCCUGAGAGGUCAGAGGUCCCUCAGCCCAUCUGGCAACAGUGUCUUCUCAAGGACCUCCUCCUCCACGCACCAGGCCCCUGCACCAAAAGCGGGUCGGAGUCAGCCCAGUGUGGACGUCCAGGGACACGGAGCCAGCCCCAAGCCCCUGUGCGAGGUGGUGAAGGGGGAACCGACGGGCCCGUGCAACAGCAAGCAACUGUUUGGGCAGUUUCUCCUGAAGCCGGUCAGCCGGCGUCCCUGGGAUUUGAUAAGCCAGUUAGAAAGUUUUAACAAGGAGCUUCAGGAAGGGGAGGAAAGCAGCAGCAGCAGCAGCAGCAGCAGCAGCAGCAGUGAGGACAGCGAGGCUGAGCACCAGCGGGAGGACCAUGCUGGCUCCAGGCCAGAGAAUCCCAGCUCCCCUGGACACAGCCCGGGGCUGAGGGCUGAGCUGCAGUCGGGGGCGUGGGUGCUGGAGCCUCCCGUGUGGCUGUCGGGAAGGGAGGAGCGUCAGUCUGAGCCCUGGAGUGAGGGCCCCGGGGCCAGCAGCUCUCCCCGCCCAGCCCCCUCACAGGUAGAAUGUGGCAGAGGGGACUCUUUCUGGCUAGCAGACGGAAGCUGGAAUAACGAGGUUGACAGGGAAGUGAAUGAGCCAGUGGUCAGCCCAGGACCAGUGCAGGGACUGGUGUCUUCAAGAUCAAGUGGCCAAAAGCCAGUGUCCCCACCCUCCCCAGCUGAGCCAAGGGAGCCCCAGGAAAUCCAGAAACUCAUCGGUGCUUUCACUUCUGCGAAACCCAGCAUAGCAGGCCCUCCGAGGGUCGACAGUGGGAGACAGAGGGGUGCAGUGCUCUCGCGCUCCCUGACGGGCAAGAACCGAGGGCUCUCGGCACCAGACCUGCGGUUGGUGGGGCUCGCCCCAGGACAAGAGCAGAGCACCAGCCAGGUAGAUGGGUCUUCAGGUGAAGCAAUAGAAAUCCCCCCAGGUGAGUCCCUGCAGGCCAGGGCUGCAAGGAUCCUGGGCAUCGAGGUGGCUGUGGAGACCCUCCUGUGGGGCUCCAGGAGAGCAGGACAGAGCCAGCCUCCCCUGCCUGAUGCAAGUGCCUGCAGCCCAGAGUCCCCUAGGGAUGAGCCGUCAUCAUCUGGCUCAGCCCCAGCAGAUGUCCUCACAGUGCCCACCGAUGCCUUUUAUGGAAGGAGGAAGUGCGGCUGGACUCAAAGCCCCCUCUUUGUCGGGGAAAGGGAUAGUGCCAGGAGGGCCUCCCCAAUGUCUGAUCAGUCAAGUGUGGACGGGGUCAUCACCAGUGAAGCCUCCAGCCCUGAGCCUCCCCUCAACCUCUUGGAGUCUAGGUCUUUCAACCAAAAGGAUAUGGGGGCAAGACCUCCCUUCAGGUCAACUUUGUUCCAUUUUAUAGAAAGGACUCCAAGCGUGGCAGGCUCCGAAAAGAGGCUCAGAAGCCCUUCCAAAGUGAUUGAAAGUUUACAAGAGAAACUGGCCUCCCCUCCCAGGAGAGCAGCCCCUGACCGCCUGCUGAGAAUGAAGGAGGUGAGUUCGGUAUCUCGGAUGAGAGUGCUGAGCUGCAGAAGCACUGACUCCACAGAGGAGACUGAGGAACUGACGGCCAUCAGAGGCCAGCCUGGGCCACCCAGGGGCUCCAGUGAGGACCACACAGUCUCUGGCUCCAAGCAGGGUACCUCGUGGGGAGAAAGUGAGCGUCCAGCCAUGGAAAAGAAGGACGGUGAUCAAGACUUCUGGUGCCCAGAUUCAUACGACCCUAGCAGAGUGGAGAGGGUAUGACGAAACGCCGGUGACACUUGGGACCUCUUUUGUUUGUCAACGGAGGAAUCUCUGGUUUAGUCUAUUCGCCCAACUUGCCCACGGAGAAGCUGAAAGCCGUUGUUUUUCAGUGCGGUGACUCGUCCUGUCCCACUGCCACUAGGAACCUUGCCAUCCAUACAGAAUUGCUUGCUGGAGAUCAAGCCAUCGUCCGUUGAAACCAUCUGUUUUUAUAGCAUGAAGAUUUAAUGCCUCUAAUUAGAAAAGAGUUUUCACAGAAACGCUCCUUACUGAUGGAUGGGGCCAAGCUGGUAACUAGUUUGUAUGGCUCUGGUUCUGUGUGCGACCUUCAACGUGGAGGAUGGAGUGAGUGAUUUCUGAAAGGACGGUGAAUGUUAUCGAUUCCCCUUUGCCUGUGGCCUGGGCUCGCUGUAAGGGGUUUGGGACCCAGGCACACUUUCAGUUUGGGGGAAAUGUGAAUGAAUAUAUAUAUAUCCCAUUUCUAAUCAAUUUGGCCUUCUGCCAGGAGUAACUUUCCUUAUAAGCAACUUGCUAUCAGAGAAUAAAAGCAAUACCUUGGAAGUUCCUACAAAUUUAAACCUGUACUGUAAUAUACUAAGAGUAUUAUUUAUCUGGCGAUGGAGAACUUUGAUUGUUUGCAAACAUGCCAUUGUCUGCUUUGCACUCAGUAUGACCUAUCUUUAUUUUCUCUAUGGGUAUUUAGAAAUUCUUUAUACGAAAAGCAAAAUGCUGGGUUCCAAUAGACCAUUUUAACAAAGUAACUAUAUUUCUUUUUACAAAAAUGCUAUUUUUCUAUGAUGUAAACAGUUGUUAGGUGGCAGAUUUUUAAGGAAGUAUGAUUUUAUUUAAGAGUCUGUAAUCCCUUUGUGUGAGAGGAACCCAGAGGGGGUUCACUUUUGCUUUAAAGCUGAUGCCAUGCUGUUACCUUUCAUUUCACCUUCGAAAAUUGUCAACACGGACGUUAUCACAGGGUUCAUAAGAUCAACGUCCCAGAACGAUUUUUGUACAGAUGUAGCUAUAAGGUUAUAUUUGAAAAUAACCCUCUCAAAACCAGCCAACAUCUUCACGAUAGCUUUUGCUACCACAUCAACUAGAAUUACCAAAAAGCAUAGUUUUAUCUUUGUAUGUCUGUGGCGACCUGCCCCCAGACCGGCCUUUUCUCCCCUCCCCCCACCCCUUUAAAGAA